AUGACACCUCCAUCCUCUGGUCUGGGGGUGCAGAUGGCCGGACGGUACGUGGAGGAGGCGAAUGAACCACGAGUUGCACAUAGUUACAUACACACUACGAAAAAGUCCUGUGAGCUGGCAACGUGGACCAAAUCUAAGUCAUUCGCGCCAACCGAGAACGAAACGGCCUUCGUUAUCGGCUACGACAUUGAUCAAGACAACGGACGUUUCCGCAUAGUUUACUCUAGUGUGAAGCUGUUAUCCCUAUUUCGAACAUUGGAUGUGCUAAGUGCAGACUGCACGUUCAAGACAACCAUGCAAGGGUAUCCACUAAUGGUGGUAUGUCUUGUAGAUAAAAUGCGCCAUGCGCACCCUGUAGCAUUUGCUACUGUGACAAAACAGGAAAAAGCGGACUAUGAUUUUGUCUUUUCCGCGAUUUUUGAUCAGUGCUCGAGGCUCGGUAUAGAUUGCACGAUAAAAGCUUUUAUCAACGAUGGGGAGAUUGCUCUAAAAAAAGCGGCUCGAUCGUUGUUUGACGAACAAGUGAAGAUGAUCAAUUGUUACUUCCACGUUGUAAAUAACUUUAAAAAAAACCGCAUUACGAAAAAUAAGACAAUAUCGGCAGAGUGCAAGGAAACUAUUCUGAAAAACGUUCCGCUUAAAGUUUUACCAACACAAAAAUUGCAUUUCUGCGAAAUCUGCAUUUCGAAACAGCCUGCAGCUGUUCCACAAAGUAUACAAGCACUUCUCGGAUUUCGUGAUUCGUGA